AUAAUGUUUCAGUUCUGCUUUCGUCCCCAUGUCUUCUGGCUUUCGGUCUCCUUUUUUAAACUUAAUAUCUGUUUAGUUUAAAAACGGAGCAUUUCUAGCACAAAGCAAAACAUUUUAUUGCGUACAUGAUUGGGUUGGACACUAAGCAUUUUUUUUGCUUCAUGAUUUCAUGUUUUAUACUAUUCAUUAUUAAUUAUUUUUUUAUUUUAAUGUUAUUUAUGUGGUUAAAAGUCCCCAUUUUGUAACUUUUUAUUUUGUUUUAUUUGAAUUUCUGAAUGUUUCAAUACAUUUUGGAGAACGUGUCCUCAAGUGUAAAAUCAAUUGAAGGAAUAUUUAGAUUUUUCUCUAAAUCUUCCUCAAUUAUGUUUUCAUUCAAAUAGGAAACGUAUUCCUGAUGUAAAAAUGUACCACGCAUCCCCUCCAGGUGUUGAGUCUCUCACAGAUUAAAAGAGAUUUCUCCUGACGUCAGAGAAAAAACUAUUUUAUCUAAAGAUCAGUUGUUCCUGUUAUUUUGUCCACUGGUCUGGAAGUACAGUGUAAUAUUUAUGGAAGAUUCAGAGGGAGAAUCUGAUCUGGAUUUUUGACACCGGACAAAACCUUUUUAAAACAGCCCUGUAAAAACAAAUAUAAAGUACAUCAAAAAUACAACUCACCAUUAAGCUGAAUUAUCGCCACAUUAUGCAAUAUGAGAAUCACCUGUAGUGGUUUAUAUCCACACACAUUAACAACCUGAAACUCAAACAGCCAAAAUUAAUUUGAUCAUUUACUUUUGAUCACUUGAUCAUUUAUUUAUGAUCAUUUACUGCAUGCAAAAAUGUCUUCUGUGAUUUAUUUAUUAAGAGCUGAAGUUUUCACACCUAUACUACAAUAUGUGUUGUUUUAUAUCACAAUGGUUGAGCAUUGCAUGUGUGCUUCUUAUAUUCUGUUUAUGCCAUGAACUGUUAUUACUAAUGCAAUUUUUAUCAGAGUUUAUUUUCAGGAAGGAGUGAGUUUCAAUUCUCAAUAAUCCAACUGUGUGAUUCCCGUGUGACUUAAUGUUUCUUUGCUCUUUACUUAAAACACAUAGCAAAGUUCUGAGAAGCCAAAGCAACUAACUAACCAGGAACUAACCACUUCCUUUCCUCCGAGCCUCCUCAUGCUCGCCAGGGGCCAUGUUGAAGUUUCACUCAGUCUUUCUCUGUCUGAUGGGCAUCAUGUUCAACCGAGACCACGCUGCUCUUCUCUCCAUUCAACUGCUAACUGUGUGCCAAGUCUUUGCAGUGUCAGAGAUUGAAGACAGGAAUGAACUGGUGUCCAGAGGAGACUCCGUCGUCUUCACCUGCAACAUAUCUGAUACAAAUGAAACGCAACUCACAUGGACCAAAGACAGAUUUGUUUAUGCGUUUUCGUUCCCAAAGAAUUUGUCUAUUUCAAAUUUCACAUCUCGCAGACUGAGAAUAGACAACAACUUACCUUCAAGGAUGAUUAUUUCUAACGUUCAGCAUGACGAUGCAGGAACCUACAGAUGUUGUUUAAUUGCCGUGAACAGUACAAGGAAUAUUGAGUGGGAUUUAAAGGUGUCUGGAGAACCUGAAGAAGCCAGUCCAUUGAGGUACCCUCUCUACAUACUCACAGCCGUAAUUGGAUUUCUUCUAUGUGUAGUCACAGCUGUCUGCCUCUGUAGCUACAGAUUACAUCUCAACAACUGUCGGUCGGUGCGGUGGAUUGACGACAAGAAAGGGCAAGAGGGCAGACAGCUGUGGCUUCUUAGCACCACGUGCUGCAGAAGAGAAGGAGACGGAAAGAGGCCGAAGCAUGAAGACAGGGGGCGACAAACUCACAGAGGAAAAGAGAUCAGGAAAUUAGAGAAAGAAAAGGACGAGAGGGAGCAGAGCUACAUGUGAGGGAUGAGGAGUAGAGGGAGAGAGAUGAGACGAAAUCAGAGAGUGGAACAGAAAACGAAACAUGAUGGAAAGAGGUGGGACUGAAAAGAAACUGCCAUCUGUUGUCUCUGUUCAAAUCAACUGCAGUACAGUUACUCAGUUAAAUAACAAGUCAUCAUUAACAUGCACAGGUAGAAUGUAGACUGUAUACUACAUUUCAAAGAGAAAUGUUGUAUGUUUUAUUGCGUUUUUUUUAUCUGACAGUUUUACUUUCAGAUUAAGAUUUCACAGAGAAAACAUGCAUACGUUUUUAAAAUACAAUGCAAUGUUAAAAAUGUAACUAACGGAUCCCAACCUCUCAGGUUAGCAACUCCUAAGUCUCUAGUGUCUACUUGGGCCACGUUGUCACAUGUAAAAAGUACAAAAGAUGAUUUAAACACAACUUUUUGCAUUGGAAAGUUUUUUUUAUUUUAUUUUGUGCUAUACUUCAAUAAUCAUCUCACGGACGCUCAGAUUUGGGAAAGGUCUGAAGGACGUUGGGAACCCCUGGACCAAACUAUGAAUUUAAAGUAGUCCAAAUUAGCUGCACCUACAACAUACAACAUUAAAAUGUACAUUGAUGCAUCAAUAUGAAACAGGGCUCAAAUGGUAAUUUGAUCACAAGAAGUUGAUAAUCCAUUAAUUGUUUUCAUCCAUUACGUUUUUUUCAAGUAUCUUUGUCUUAUUAGACUGUUGGUCGGACAAAACCACAUUGCAAUGGGUGUUUUUUCAUAUUUUAUGAUAGUUUACACAUGUUCAAGAACAUAAUGUCCAAAUAUCAAUUAUGAAAAUAAUAACUACUACUACUAAUAUUGUUACAUGCAUGAUACACACACAAUCACACAUCUCACAGAAGUGAGAUGAACAAGUUUUUAUUUUACUUGUCAUACUCAGCUUUUAUUUUGGUAGGGUUUUAAAUGCAUGACAUGGAGUAUAUUGUGGUAUUGGUAGCUUUAUGGAUAUCCUUUACUUAAAAGUACCAAUCUUAGUAUCAACUCUGUCUCGUAUAAUAAUGUAUCUGAAACAACUUGAAGCUGCUCUGUGAUCUGAUCACUGGUCUCAUUUUUAUUU